ACACGAUUCUCUCGCCUGCCCGUACCGUGAGACAAUACUAUACAAUGGCAGACGUUGCUCCAGCUCCAGCAAAGGCUCUCAAAAAGAAGGCACCCAGGCCUAAGAAGACAGGGCCGAGUGUGGGCGAGCUCAUCGUUAAAGCCAUUUCGGCUUCCAAGGAGAGGAAGGGAGUUUCUCUUGCUGCUCUGAAGAAGGCUUUGGCGGCUGGUGGAUACGAUGUGGAAAAGAAUAACGCUCGGGUCAAGGUGGCAAUUAAGAGCCUGGUAACCAAGGAGACGCUGGUCCAGAUCAAAGGUACUGGUGCGUCCGGUUCCUUCAAGCUGAACAAGAAACAGGCAGAGGCGGAGAAAAAGCCAGCUAAGAAACCUGCGGCCAAGGCCAAGAAGCCAGCAGCACAGAAGCCCAAGAAGGCAGUAGCUAAGAAGCCAGCGGCCGCAAAGAAGUCUCCGAAGAAAGCCAAGAAACCCGUUGCGCCCAAGAAGGCUACAAAGAGCCCCAAGAAGGCCACAAAGAGCCCCAAGAAGGCCACAAAGAGCCCCAAGAAGGCCACAAAGCCCGCCGCGCCUAAGAAAGCUGCGAAGAGCCCCAAGAAAGCCAAGGCGGCCAAGCCUAAGGUGGCCAAGCCUAAAGCGGCCAAACCCAAGAAAGCUGCACCUAAGAAGAAAUAAGUGUUGUGUGUCUUGCG